GUGGGCAGAAGAGACCCCUCCAUUUUAAAGACAAGGCAUUUUGAGAAUCAAAUUGUUUAUUGAUCAAACCAUGCAAGAGUAGCAGGAACACAAGGCCAAAUCAAAAGCAUGACCGUAGAACCAAAGUGUCAGCAAUGUCACCAAAUCAGAUGUCAAUUUUAGUUGUAUGGUUAUAAAAACUUAUACCAAUGUAGCAUCCACCCCUGUAAACAUUUUUGCAUGAUGAUGCGCAAGAUCCUCAUUUCAAAGUGCAUUAGGUUGCACAUUUCCUCACCUCAGUUACCUUUGCCCUUUUCUUCAAAUGGAGGCACAGUAACAGGGGAAAGACGAUUAAGGAGUUGGGCAAACCAAAUUAUGAUCUCCCUAUCUAGCUUGUUGAGGGGUCGGGCCGUCUGUUCAAGGCUUGUCGCUUCUGCUGAGGCGCGGGGGCCGGUCGCUUCUGCUGAGGCGCGGGGGCCGGUCGCUUCUGCUGAGGCGCGGGGGCCGGUCGCUUCUGCUGAGGCGCGGGGGCCGGUCGCUUCUGCUGAGGCAUUUCGACACAACGUCACACUUGCUGGGGUAUUUUUACCAGUAGCUUUUGCUGAGGCGCGGGGGCCGGUCGCUUCUGCUGAGGCGCGGGGGCCGGUCGCUUCUGCUGAGGCGCGGGGGCCGGUCGCUUCUGCUGAGGCGCGGGGGCCGGUCGCUUCUGCUGAGGCGCGGGGGCCGGUCGCUUCUGCUGAGGCGCGGGGGCCGGUCGCUUCUGCUGAGGCAUUUCGACACAACGUCACACUUGCUGGGGUAUUUUUGGCAGUAGCUUCUGCUGAGGCGCGGGGGCCGGUCGCUUCUGCUGAGGCGCGGGGGCCGGUCGCUUCUGCUGAGGCGCGGGGGCCGGUCGCUUCUGCUGAGGCGCGGGGGCCGGUCGCUUCUGCCGAGGCAUUUCGACACAACAUCACACUUGCUGGGGUAUUUUUACCAGUAGCUUUUGCUGAGGCGCGGGGGCCGGUCGCUUUUGCUGAGGCGCGGGGGCCGGUCGCUUUUGCUGAGGCAUUUCGACACAACGUCACACUUGCUGGGGUAUUUUUGGCAGUAGCUUCUGCUGAGGCGCAGGGGCCUGUCGCUUCUGCUGAGGCAUUUCGACACGUCACACUUGCUGGGGUAUUGCGGCCAUUAGAUUUAGCAUUUGGACCAGACACCACACUUGCUUGGGAUCCAGUUGAUUCUGGUUCAGUGUAG